AUGCCGACGUCCUCGACGCAGGUCCUGCUGGAGAGGCCCAGGAUGGCUAGCAGGUCAGCCUCUCUGGCGAUUGCCGAGUAUGACAAGGCCGGGAAUCUCAAGGCCAAAUACGUCGAGUCGGCGUCGAGGAUCGGGCCCUCGAGGGUCGACGUCCUGCUUCCUUUCAAGAGGAAGAAGCCCUGGCUACGGCUUCUAGAAAUCUUCUUGCCGGACGGCUACCCCCAUAGCGUUACUGAGGACUACGCCGCCUAUCAGAUCUAUGACUCCGUCCAGGCGUUUGCCGGAUCCAUCGCCGGCAUGAUCUCGUCUCGUGCUGUCUGGGAAGGUAAGUCCAUCGGACAUGAUCCCGGCUAA